GUCCAGAGCCCAUAGCUCUUUCUCUCUCUGGACUCACUACUCGCUCUCUUAGCUGAGAAAAUCUCACACUUCCCGAUAAGACCUGAACGGCACCGUCUGGAGACCGCCGGAAGUUGUCGAGCUCAGUAAUUUUCCGGCUCGGCCUCUCCGGCAAUGUGUAACUCACGCGCUCUGGUUGCACUUGUUCUGCUUCUUCACUCAGUAGUAGCUCUGGUCUCUGCGCAGGGAUCUAGUAAAUGGAAAACACUUAGCGGAGAUCCGCCUAAGGUUGUAGCACGCGGAGGAUUUUCAGGGCUCUUUCCGGGUUAUAGUUCUGCGGCCUUCAGUUUGGCGUUGCUCACAAGUUUACAGGAUGCAGUCUUAUGGUGUGAUGUUCAGUUGACGAAGGAUGGAGCUGGAAUUUGCUUUCCAGAUCUCUUGCUGAAUAAUAAUUCCAAUAUUGACAUGGUCUUGCCAAAAAGGGAUAAAAGUUACCUAGUUAAUGGAGUUCCUACCAAAGGAUGGUUUACUGUGGAUUUUACUUUGGACGACCUAGCAUCUGUUUCUGUUACUCAGGGGAUAUAUUCUCGAACUAAUAGGUUUGACGGCAAUCAGUACCCAAUUCUCCUUAUCGAAGAUGUUGCUACGCAAUUCAAACCUCCAGGCUUAUGGUUGAAUAUUCAGCAUGAUAUCUUCUUCUCACAACACAACUUGAGUAUGAGAAAGUAUGUGCUUUCUGUAUCUAAACAAGUGGUUAUCAAUUAUAUCUCAUCACCGGAGGUGGCUUUCCUGAACAGUAUCAAAGCACGGGUUAGUCCGAGUGCAACAAAGCUGGUCUUUCGGUUUUUGGGACAAGAUGAGACGGAGCCUUCAACCAACCAAACUUAUGGUUCUUUAUUAAAGAAUCUCACAUUUAUCAAGACAUUUGCCUCCGGAAUUCUAAUUCCUAAAAUUUACAUAUGGCCUUUCACCAAGGAUAAUUAUUUAGAGCCUCACACUCCAGUUGUAACGGAUGCUCAUAAAGAAGGGCUAACAGUAUUUGCGUCAGAUUUUGUGAAUGACUAUCCAUUAGCUUACAAUUACAGUUAUGAUCCAGUGUCUGAGUACCUGCAAUUUAUUGACAAUGUUGACUUCAGUGUUGAUGGUGUGCUGUCUGACUUUCCAAUGACAGCAUCUGAGGCCAUAGAUUGUUUUGCCCAUCUUGGAAGUAAUGCUUCAAGACAAGCCAAGCCAUUGGUUAUCUCGAAAUACGGAGCAAGUGGAGACUUACCAAGUUGUACUGACUUGGCAUAUGAAAGAGCAAUUGCAAAUGGGGUAGAUGUACUAGAUUGUCCUGUACAAAUAUCCAAGGAUGGAAUACCAUUCUGCGCAAGUUCUAUAAAUCUUAUAGAUAGCACGACAGUUGCUCAAUCACCUUUUAACAGCCUCACAGCGUUUGUUCCAGAAAUUAAGGCUGGCAGUGGAAUAUAUACCUUUAGCCUAGCAUGGAAAGACAUUGAAGGCCUGACCCCAACAAUAUCAAAUCCCUGGUCAAAGUUCACGUUGUUCCGGAAUCCAAUGUCCAAAACUGGUGGCAAGUACUUGACAUUAUCUGAUUUCUUGGCCUUGGCAAAGAGGUCAAGUUCUCUUUCUGGUGUCUUGAUCGACAUAGAGUAUGCAGCGUAUCUUGCAGAGAAGCAGAAAUUAAGUAUAACUGAUGCAGUCAUGAAUACCUUGAGCAAAGCAGGUUUUGAUAGUCAGACAGCUUUAGAUGUCAAGAUUCAGUCCGCUAAUAGUUCUGUUCUGAUGAAAUUCAAGGAGAAAACCAGUUAUGAACUUGUUUACAAAAUUGAAGAGGAAAUUGGUGAUGCCCCUAGUUCAACUAUUGAGGACAUCAAGAAGUUUGCCGAUUCUGUGGUCAUCAAGAAGGCCUCUAUCUUUCCUGAAGUCGAGGCAUUUACCACUGGUGUAACAGAUGUUGUAUCAAAACUACAAGCCGCUAAGCUUCCAGUUUAUGUCGAACUCUUCAGCAACGAGUUUGUGAGUCAAGCAUGGGACUUCUUCUCAGAUCCAACUGUGGAGAUCAAUUCAUUUGUCUCGGGGGCCAAUAUUGAUGGUGUUAUCACAGACUUCCCCAAAACGGCGGCGAGAUACAAAAAGAACCGGUGUUUAGGUAAAAAAGAAAUACCUAACUACAUGAGUCCUAUUCAGCCAGCCAGUCUGAUACAAGUUGUUACCUCUGCGUAUUUGCCUCCUGCUGAGGCUCCAAAUCCACCCCUGAGGGAGAGUGAUGUGAUUGAGCCACCUUUGCCUUCCGUUAACGCCCAGGCUCCUGCGCCAACUGGUGGAUCUUCAGUGGCAGCUUCACCUAAACCUUCCGGGCAGCCUAGGAUUGCCGCAUGCUUCUUCCUCUCGUAUCUGGCUAUGGCGAUUGCCGCUCUUUUUGUGUUCUGAAACUGUGAGGCAGUUGCUCAUAUAUUGUAAGUUACCCAUCUUAUUGCUCUUGCUUUGGAGCAUUUUGCUGAAUGAAUAUACCGGGGCUAGCUAAUCAUUAUUUUAUUUUUAACUUGACUACGGAAUAGCCGUGCAUUCAGGCUUUUGAUGUUGUAGGUAAUUAAAUUCCUCAUUCUUCUCCUCGUAAAUUUCUGGAUAUCUUCAUGCUUAUUUAUGCCGUAUUUUUUUUA